AUGUCAGAUGGCUUCUACAUCUGUCACAUGAAGAUGGUUGACAAGUUUGUGCGAAGCCGGUACGCUUCAGAUUGUCGUGUGCAACUCUUUCUGGGUGAUGAGGGUACAAGAGCCAAAGCUGCGGACCUUUUGGAACACAUGGUUGCGCAACGUAUUGUCGUGCAAGCGUGCCUGCACCCAGACAGGACCCAUCUCAAGUGGGGCGACUNNCUGCCAAAAGGCACCUCCUCACUCACCCAGCAACUACAUCCGGAUGACCUUGCAGCGGCCAUAGACCAGUUGGAUAGCGGACGGCUGUACAGACCCAGACCCAUGUCCAGAAGUGCCGACCUCUUCAUCAAACAACCCACGCUCACAAUAGAGGUGCAAGACAAAAGCGGAGUGUCGACUGGAGUCUCAUUCGCUGAUGUUCGCAAGGAAGUGGGAAAGUGCAUUCAGCAGGGAUCGGUGCUAUGGGUGCUUGUUGCACUCAAGCUGGAUGAGUCGCUCAGUCACUGGGUUGGAGAGGCAAAGCCCUUGGUGCUUGAAAGCGGCAUUUAUCAACAGGAAAAGCUCGCGCAUGGAGGGUCCGGUGGGCUGCUGUACCGUGUCGAAAGCAGCGGGAGAUGGCAAAAGCGGAUUCAGAAUGGAGAAUGGCAAGACGUCGAAACAGAGGCAAAUCCCGAAGGCAAAGGACAAGAGCUUCUAGUGCGACAGGAGUUGCAACUGGUGAUCCCGCAUCCGAACCAUGUUAAGGCGUUCCUCGGCGAUUCUGACUUUAAGAUUGUGGAGAAAUUGGCCAAGAAUCCAGGUGACAGAAUGGUCGACAUACCCUUCUUGAGCCGCUUCUAUAACUUCCAGCAGCCGCCUGCGCAAG